AUGAAGACAAUUCUCGUCCUCGGCGGAUCCUUCGCCGGAAUCAUCUCUGCACAUCGUCUCCUCAAACAACAACCAAAAGGAUCAAUUAAAAUUAUUCUGGUUGCACCAAAUACACACGCCUACUGGAUUAUCGCCGCAGCGAGAGCAAUGAUCGCUGGUCAAAUUCCCGAAGAGAAAGUCUUUAUGCCAAUCGCAGCUGGCUUUGAAAAGUACUCAGCUUCGCAGUUUGAGUUUGUUCUUGGAACGGCAGAGUUUCUUGAUACAGAUACAAAGAAUGUUGUUGUUGCUACCGAGGGCGGUAAUAAAACUAUCAACUACGAUAUUGCUGUUCUUGCCACGGGAUCGAGUAUGAAAGGCGAUCUCCCUUUCAAGCCAAAAGGAACCACAGAUGAUCUAAAGAAAGAAUUGAAGAAGUACCAGACGCUGAUUUCAAAUGCAAAUGAUAUUGUGGUCGGUGGGGCGGGGGUAACUGGCGUUGAGACAGCUGGGGAGUUGGCAUUUGAAUAUGGAAGUUCAAAGACAAUCACUCUAGUAAGGCAAUUCUUUCCACUGGGUUUCACAGUCAUUUACAGUGCAGCUUUGGGGGUAAUUUCAAAUGAGGAUUAGAAGACUAACUUCGUCCCGCAGAUUUCUAGUCGCCCAACAAUUCUCGAAGGCAUCGUGCCCUCAAACGUCAUCAAAACUGCAACAAAACAACUAGAAAGCUUAGGAGUAAUAUUGAAACUCAACACGAGAAUCGAAAGCUCAUCAAAAGCAAAAGACGGCCGUGAGGAAUUGAGCUUUUCAAAUGGACAGAAAGUGAAGACAGAUCUUUACCUACAGACUGUCGGCAUGGUACCAAAUACAUCCUACAUGAAACCAGAACUUCUUGGUCCUGGAGGCUUUGUCUCGCCUGACGAACACUUAAGGGUGAAGAAUGUAAAGGAUGUCUGGGCUGUGGGAGACGUUUCUGACAUUCAACGUGCUCAAAUAUUACACCUUGAUGGGCAGACUGCCCAUCUAGCAAAGAAUCUGGGGUUGGUCCUUUCUGGCAAAGAACCCGUGGCAUUUAAUUCCAAGGUAAUUGGUGCGUAUAAUUCUAUUGUCCCGGGCAUUGUUAUUGAAGAGUGGUUGCUGAUUCAUCUUUUCCUUCAGAUAUACUUGGUUUUCAGGUCGGUCGUGAGAUGGGAACUGGACAUGUCGCUGGCUGGAGGUUGCCUAGCUUUCUCGUUAGCUACAUCAAGAAGACUUUGCUGGUUGAGAAACUACCUGGGCUUGUACAUGGGACGGAGUACCCAUAA